UCAGCCAGUGGGUUCUUUUAAUUAUGUGCUGUGAGAAAACAACCCAAACGAAAUAACAAACGAACCAAAACUAUUAAUUUCCCUCUGGGCACCUCCGAGAAUUUCAUAGUAUCUCGCUUCUCCCUUCAAACUUCAACACACGUUCACGCGUCUUGGUGUGUGUGCUGUAGCCCAGAUCUCCCUGGCAACGUGAGUGGAAAGUGUGAGCGUGCCGCUGCCACGAGCUUUAUGCGUCCUAAUCUCGGCCCUGCUUUUACAGGUGAAGAUGAGACGGAGAAAUAUCUGCGACCACAGCACCUGAAGAAACUGGGUGACGAUUCAUUGCCGCAGGAGGGCUACAUAGAAUUCAACACAGGAGCGCGAUCUGCCAGCCGCAGAAUCAGUAUGCACUCCCUUAGCUCGGACAGAUCCAACACUGUGAACCGAACAUCAUUUGCAAGAGAAAGCAUGAUUGAGGACAUCCUAGUUCCAACCAAAAGCACGCACCUCGCAGUCACUCGGGAAGAGAAUGAAUGUUUCAGGCAUUAUAGCUGGACCCCAGACACCAUGGACCAUGCACAGAGCACCAUGUCCAGUCCCAUCCACUCAGGAUUCCUGGUGAGCUUCAUGGUGGAUGCCAGGGGUGGAUCUAUGAGAGGAAGUCGUCAUAAUGGCAUGCGCAUUAUCAUCCCACCCAGGAAUUGUCCAGCACCAACACGAGUCACAUGCCGCUUGUUAAAACGCCAAUGCCUGCCGUACCCACCCCCCCUGGUGGAGGGUGAGGGGUUUGUUAGCAGACUAGUAGAAGUGGGACCAGCUGGAGUCCAUUUUUUGGGGCCAGUCAUUGUGGAAAUCCCACAUUUUGGCUCAAUGCGUGGAAAGGAGCGUGAGCUGAUUGUACUGCGCAAUGAUAAUGGCAAUACAUGGAAGGAGCAUCACUAUGAGUGCCGUACCGAAGAUCUCAUUGCUCUGCUGAAUGGCAUGGACGAAGAACUGGACAGCCCUGUUGAGCUGGAGAAGAAACAUAUCUGCCGCAUCAUUACUAAAGACUUCCCACAAUACUUUGCAGUUGUGUCUCGUAUUAAACAGGAGAACGACUACAUGGGUCCGGAGGGUGGAAUAUUAACCAGUGAAUCUGUUCCAAUGGUGAGGGCUGUCUUUCCUCCUGGAGCACUCACCAAGAAGAUACGUGUCGGCUUACAGGCUCAGCCAGUGCCAGAGGAAAUUGUGUGCAGUGUGAUUGAUAACCGAGCUUCAUUCAGCCCCAUUGUAACUGUAGAACCCAGGAGGAGGAAGUUUCAUAAGCCCAUUAUCAUGACAAUUCCUGUCCCACCAAGCACUAAAGAGGUCACAGCUAAAGGGCGUAAAGGAGAGCCUGUUCCCUGCUUGAGACUGCUCUGCAGCAUCACAGGUGGCACUUCUCCAGCCCAGUGGGAGGAUAUCACUGGCACUACCCCACUCUCCUUUGUCACUGACUGUGUCUCAUUUACCACAAAUGUUUCAGCCAGAUUCUGGCUGGCAGACUGUCAGCAAGUGAGUGAUACAGUUGCUCUGGCAACUCUGAUUUACAAGGAGUUGAUUUGUGUGCCAUACCUUGCCAAAUUUGUGGUGUUUGCAAAGCCCAUUGAUGUGGCAGAGGCACAGCUGCGUUGCUUCUGUAUGACUGACGAUAAGGUGGACAAAACACUUGAGCAACAGGAAGACUUUGAGGAAGUGGCCAGGAGCAAAGAUACUGAGAUUUCAGAGGGAAAGCCUAUCUAUGUGCAUUGCUACGGCAAUCUGUCUCCUGCCAGCAAGAUCAGCCAGCAGCUUUUUUUCACCUUCGAUGCCUUCAAAGAGAAUCGACUACCUUUUAUUGUCAAGGUGUGGGACAUAGGACAGGAGCCAUGUGGAAGACUCGCAUUUCUCAAAGAGCUGAAGACUACUAAAGGCCUUGCACAGAGCACUAUCUGCAACCUUAAUUUCACACUGCCAGCACAAAAGAAGGAGAUGGAGACAGAACCUGAUAAUGAGAAUGACAAAGAUCAACGUCAUAUCAUUGCUUCAUUAGCAUUACGACAGCGCUUCAGCUGUCUGUCUGAUCCCACGUCCAAAAAGACCAAAAGAGGAAACACUGCUCUGAAAACUACAUCACAGACUUCUGGCUAUUCCUACAAGCCUGCUUUUAUGACGCACCAAUACCAGGCUUGGGUAACCAGCCCAGUUGCUAGUGCCAGUGGCCAAGCCAAGUCAGGAUUUGUCUCUCUCUCUAGCUCGUCCUCCAACACUCUAUCUGCCACACCACUGAGAUCUGGGUUGUCAGGAAACUCUGACUCCCCCAUCACAUCAGUCAUCAGAGGCUCAUUUACACCUUCUAUCAAGUCCGUCAGUGAUGUUGCAUUACCAAUACGCUCCCACAGAGCUGUCUCUUCCUCACAAAAGAUAGUGGAGCAACAGGCCCAGAACCCAGUUCAGGCAUCUCUGACCCCUUUAUCAUCUCCAGUAAAAAACAUCCCUGACUCUGUCUCUGUAAAAGCCCUGCCAUCCCUUUCAGCCAGAACUUCUCUACUCCCUGCUGGAGGCUCACUGCUGGAGAAACCCUUUAUCACUAGGACUCCGCCUGCUUCACCUACGUCUUCUCCGAAAAGCUCAAAUAGCUCAAAUUUUUCAUAUAAAUCUGCUAAUAUUUCAAAUGUUCUAACAACUGCUUCCCCCAUUAAAACAUUCUCAGGCUUGACCACAGUCAAAACAACAACUAAUACAUCCAGCUCUCAUAGCUCUCCAACUAAAUAUCACUCCCCCUCACCCAUCUUUCUCCUGUCUGGCAGCCUACAAGAGAGGAUACAGGCUACAACAUUCGCUGCCACAACCAGUGUCAAUGCUGCUUUUGAUGAAGUAGAGAGGACACUAAACUCCUGCUCUGCAAGCUAUGAAAAACUCAAGGCUGUGCCAUCCUCUCCACCCUCCACAUAUCAGUCUAUUCUGUCUUCAGGUUCUGUCUAUGACUCUCUUAGCCCUCCCCCCAAUUCCACCACUUCUGUCACAUAUAGCACAGUUGCAGUGCCUGUUUAUUCAGUUAUAAAUGUUUUGCCAGAACGGCAGUUUAAAAAGCUUCCUAACAUCUCCAAAUCAACAGCAACACUCUUGUCCCCCAGAAAAGCUAUGGCCCCAGAGGCUAAUGCUCAAAUUCAGUCUACCUCUGCCAGAAUUCUGUCCCCUGGUAAAACUUUCCCAUUCAUGUCCCCUGCCACCUCCUCAUCCCCUCUGUCAAAUAGCCAGGACAUACUGAAGGAUGUGCAUGAAAUGAAGGAAGAUUUAAUCAGAAUGUCAGCUAUUUUGCAAACUGAUACAUGCGCCAAAGGCUUUCAGUCUAACUCAAAUAAGGAACAUAAAAUAGAAGAUGAGGAAGCGUACAAGAUUAUGGAGAAAGUCAAACAAGACUUAGUUAAAGUUAGUGAGAUACUAACCAAUGAUAUUCUUAAGGAGGGUAAAAAAUACAAGAAAGGUAGCAAGGCUGAAGAUUUAGAGCAUGACAUUGAUAAUAACCAACAAAAUGGAUGGAGAUGCCCCCCUCGAUAUGAGACAGUAGCACCUCAGGUCAAAAAAAGAGUUAUGACCGACAGAGAUUUUAACCUGGCAAAAGUGCUUGACUAUCUAACCUAUGACACUGGCACACAUUCCUUAUCCAAAACUGAAGCAGCACCACAGAGGAAUGAAGAGAGCAGGAGAGAGAGAAAGGAAAAAGUUAAACGUGUCUUAAAACCUGCUAUGGCAGUUCAAGAAAGCAAGCUCAAAAUGCCUCCAUUGAUAAUGCACCCUUCACCAUCAGAGAAAGCGCUAUCUAAGUUAGCAGAUGCAUUAUUUGGUACAGAAGCUGUUCUAGACUCAGAUGAUGUCUCUCAUGAUCAAGAUAAAAGUCCCCUGUCAGACAGUGGGUUUGAGACUCGGAGUGAGAAGACACCCUCAGCUCCACAGAGUGCUGACAGCAUGGGGCCCACAGCUCCCUUUCAGGAAAUUUCACCAGUUAUCACUGAAACACGGACUGAAACUGUACAUGUCAUACGGUGUUACAGGCCUCCAGAGGUCACCAAUGAGCCUGUAGUGGAUGAGGUUAAAAUGGCAAAUUCUCUAGCCCAAUGCACUGACACAGAGUUCAGAUUACCUAGUGGCUACCAUAAAGAUAGAGUAAAAACUUACCAAGCCAGCUCCAGUCCUGUGGAAGACAUCAUGUGUAAAGGCAUGCGACUUAAAGAGGAGGCUCACAUAACAACCACCACCCGAAUGUUAUAUCACAAACCGGCAAGUAAGGAGACAACCUCAGAGAGGUUUGAAGAGACCGUUAUGAAUUCGUUGCAGUCUGGCCGAGAUCCCUCCAGAGAGUUAACUGGCCUAUUUGAGCAUCAGGGCAGCAAUGAGGGAUGGAAAGAACCACAAAGACCUCUGAACAAAGACUCAAAGCCCAAAGUGGAACACAUUAUUGAGGUUCAUAUUGAAAAAGGAAAUAAAACUGAACCUACAGAGGUCAUCAUAAUGGAAACCAAAAAUCACCCUGAGAAAGAAAUGUAUAUUUAUCAAAGUAGCAUCAGAAAGAAUGAGCUUCAAAACAGAGAGGAAGUGGAGAAAGUAAUUCCCCCUUUCUUACAGGAGGAUGAUGUCAGGACCACCACUGUUCAGUUAAUGACGAAAGACUUGUGCAAAACUCUAAAAUUACAAAGACCACACUCAGUGGAGUACCCUGAAGAAGAUUCAUCAAUUAUGAGAAGAGAGUCAAAUAAAAUUACAGAUAAAAUGCUAUUCACUGAGAAGUUCAACUCUUCAUAUUCUGACUCAGAUGAAUCUUUGACUGAAAGAUCUCAUUAUUAUGAAAUGAGAACACAUGGUGGCUCAGUGAGAUAUAUCAUGCUUAAACCAGAUAAAACAGGUGGUGUCUUAGAUGACAAUGAAAACUGUGAUAAUCUAGCCCUGCUGCAAUAUGCCUCAGAUCCUGCUAGUCAAAAGAAGUCCAUUUGGACAAGAGUAUCUGAGGAUAGGCAGGGAGGAAGUACAGAGAAAUGUAAAUUUGAGGACAGGGUAGAUAAAACUGUCAAAGAAGCAGAGGAAAAGCUUAGUGAGGUCUCAUGGUUCUUCCGGGAUAAAACAAAGAAACUGAAGGAUGAGCUCCAGUCGCCUGAGAAGAAAAAUCAUAGGCCAAACAGUCAAGAAGCUCAGUCUGUGCCCAGUUCUACCUGCAGCAGCCCAGAGAGAACAGUCCUGAAGAAUGGUGGCAGUGGAGAACAGUGGAGCAGAGAAAGGUUUAGAGACAGAUAUGGUUCUCAUGAUAGGAAGUGUACCAUCCUUCCAAGUAGCACAGAGGGAAGUGUUUUAAUUCAAUACAGUGAUGAUAACAGAAAACAAGGGGACUACUCCUUAGCAAGUAGUGCAAAUAAAUCCUCUAAUUGUUUCAAGCCAUCAACAUCUAAGGUUAGCUCAGUUAGAAUGAAAUUUGAAGCUGAGGCUAAAAAGCAAGACUUAAUGGUGACUCAAUGUGGUCAAACAUCUGGUCCACUAGAAAAAAAGCUGCAGGAAAAUAAAUUACCCAUCUAUCAGGUGUUUGCUGGAGGGAAUCUCCCAAAUCCAACAGAUCCAGGUGAGCAUUGCCCAAAGGAGGUUCAAGAUAAUGAAAGGAGGCAAAUUUAUAAUGUCAGAAAAGCUCAAUUAUAUAAUGUGUGUGACAACACCACUCCCAAACACCCCAAAAGUUUACACAGCAAAGAUAAGGUUGACACAACUCAGGGAAGUCAUGGCAGUGGACACCAUAAAUCCCAGAAGUCAAAAAUUUUCUAUACACUUGAAGAAAACACUUUGGUUGACAAUGAAGGAAGUGAUAAGUUAACCAAAGAAGAAACAACCAAAAAGAUCAUAUAUACUGAGCUACAGAUUCAGGAAGACCCCAACAGCGUUGGAAAAUAUAGUGGUUCUCUUAAAAAAAAGUCAGAAUUACAUGUUCCUGUUAGGGUUUCAUCCAGUUUUGUAGACCAUCAUGAAAGUACAUUAAAGCUAGAUUCAUCUGUUAAACCUGACAGAGCGGGGUCACUCAUACCAUCAUUAGCUAGAAGCAAGCAUUGUAGUUGUGAUGCAAAUAAUUCAUUCAGUGAUAUGUGGUCACUAGGAAGAAUUAAUGUAUUCUGCAAUGGUGUUGACAGUGAACAAAUUGAGUAUACAGAGAGAGUGACUCCAAGUGUGACAGCAAAUAUCAAACCUUUACCAGUUUAUGUCAGCAUUCCAGUGGGUAAGCAGUAUGGGAAAGAGACAGCCACUGGACAACCUAGCACCUACAAAAAAGUUGUUAGCCAUGAGAGCCAAACAAUGCAUGAGGCAAGGGAAGUGUUUUAUACUGUUAAACAGAGACAGCAGCCUUCACCUCAGUGGAACCCAGAGGAUGACACACUAGAGAAUGUAACCAGUUCUGGAAGAAGUCCCAUUACUCCUGAGACCCCCAGCUCUGAAGAGGUUAGUUAUGACUUGAAUUCUAGAGCACCAGACACUGUAAUUGUUUCUGUGGCAGGUGAACCUAGCCCAAUUCCAGAGGAGUCAGAGGAAGAGGAGCAACCCAAGACCUUUAUUUUCAGGGAAGUACCAGCAGAGAAUCCCAAAGCUGUUAAAAUCCCACCAGAAUUCUCCAAAGGGAACCAUGAGCUACCUGGAAAAAGAGUCAAAGGCAAACAGGUAGCAUACUUUGAGUUUCCACCAUUUCCACCCCAAGACACUCAACUGUCUGACCAGAUGGAACUGAAGAAGGACUCACCUCCUUCUGAGGCAGACACGGAGAUGAUGGAGGUGAACCUUCAAGAGGAGCAUGACAGACACCUUUUUGCAGAGCCUGUGAUUCAAAUCCAUCCACCAUCUCCUCUCCCACCUGGGGCUGACAAUAAUGAUUCCAGUGAUGAUGAGUCUGUCAUUCAGCCCAUUCCUCUCAAGAAAUACAACUUCAAAAUGACUCAGAAUGGUAAAAAAUGUGUCAAGCCUAGGAACCCAGACAGAAAUGGCUCCCAUCACAAAGAGUCACAAAGUAUAAAUGGUGUCAUUAAGGGAGAUGAGGAGGAUGAGCAAAAUGGCAAUGAUCAGUCUGUCACUGACUGCUCUAUAGCAACAACAGCUGAGUUUUCCCAUGACACUGAUGCCACGGAAAUAGACUCUCUGGAUGGGUAUGACCUGCAGGAUGAGGAUGAUGGGUUGAGUGACACCAAAACAUCAAGCCUUUCAAAUGAUGUAAAGACAGGUAAUUGCUCCUUCAGCCUGACCAAACUGGAGGUUAGAAAAGAGAGCACCCCAAAUAAGGAAUCUGGAGAAAAUACAAAAUCUAAAAGCAACUUGUACAAAAAAACAGAAAGUGGUAAAGAUCAAUGCAAGAUCUACUCUUUGGAGGGAAGACACCCUGAUAGACAGGAGUUUGCAGAUAACUAUUUCAGCUACAAGCUUGAGGAGGAAUUACAUUCUACUUUCAAAACUGUGGCCACUAAAGGCUUGGACUUUGAUCCAUGGUCAAACAAAGGAGGAGAGGAAGAAGUGUUUGAGGCCAAAAGCAAAGAUGAAGAUCCAAAAUAUUUUGGUUUAUUGGUGGAGGAAAAAUCACAAGCUACUACACCAGACACCACUCCAGCUCGAACACCAACUGAUGACAGCACCCCAAGUAGCGAGCCUAACCCCUUUCCCUUCCAUGAGGGCAAGAUGUUUGAGAUGACCCGCAGUGGUGCUAUUGACAUGAGCAAGCGGGACUUUGUUGAAGAGAGACUUCAAUUUUUUCAGAUUGGUGAGCAUACUGCAAAAGGGAAGACAGGGGACAAGGGAAAAAGGGGCAAGUGUGUGGUGGUAAGUGCUUCCCAAUCAAAGGCCGGGGGGAGAUCUGUAGAGGGGAUGGUAGAGGCCACCACAAACAUUACACCAUCCAGAAACUGUCCAACUCAGGGCAUCACUUGCUGCCUGGAUGCACCUUCAUGCACUGAUAUUGUAGGGGAAACCACCUCUUGCACUGUCACAGCCUCCAAGGUCAACCCUAAAUUUCACAUCCCAAUAAAGAUGGGAAUUGCAGCUUCCAUAACCAUAAAGAAAGACUCUGCUGACUGGACUGAUUUUAGGGCAGAAUCCUCAGCAAGUCAGAUGCUGGAGCAUGAUAAUUUGGAAACUCAUGUAAACUACUGUCAGUUUGGUAGCACAUGCUCUGAUUCUCCAUCUGACAGGAAAGAUUGCCCUUCAGAGAACUCCAGUAACAACAAUAACCUAGAAGCUUGCAGUGUUCAGGCUAAUUACAUCCAUGGUGGUAGCAUAGUGUUUAAUCUCCAAUCAUCCUCAGAACCAACCCUGCAGAAAGCCAGUCGGGUAGAAGCUCAUUUCUGUAGGACUUCCUUGGUGUUAGUAAAGGACAAAUCCAAUGCUCAGACUCUUCAGUGGAAAACAGACUCUCAAAAAGGAUUAGAGAUAAAAUGUCAGCCCAAGUCUAGGCUUCCAGUCAAAAUUGCAGGAUUUAGCUUUAACACACAUAAUUCAGGUAAACAGAUAUCGCAACAGAUUGUUAAACCUGAGACCAGAAAAUGUGAUUCUAUUAGUAUAAAGCCCAGAUCUAGAAUUCCAGUCAAAGAUAUCAAAAGGAAUAGUGCAGUUAGCUCUGCUGUAGGGCCCAAGUUAGGAAAGCUUUUGGAGGGAGAAAGGGUAGUUAGAAAAGUAGCUUCAUCCCAGCUGCCAACCAGAGACAGGUCAUCAUGGACUAUAAAAAAUUGUUCAGUUGAGGCAGACCGAACCAACAUAAGUGGGCUCUGUAGGAAAUCCAUUAAGUUUCUUCAGAACAUUAGUGUGGAAGCAGCAAAAGUGACGGAGCAUCUUUCAGACAAGGAGAAACAGACGCAGGCAGAGCAGUUGGAGAAGGACAGCAGCACAUCACGAUGUACCUCCCUAUCGGACCCCUCCCAGUCACAGCCCUCCCUCUCUGACGGGUCCUCCCGAGGGGGAGCACCCAUAAGGUCAAAGGUCACAAGGUCUGCGGGCAGUGAGAGGAGGAGAAGUAGAAGGACAGGAGGAGGGAAGGAGGGCAAUAGGGGCACAGGGGUUUGCGGGUUGCCCUACAUCGCGGAGAUCAAGCCUAGUCCACAGAGCCCAUGUGAGAGAACAGACCUUCGCAUGGCCAUUGUGGCUGAUCAUCUGGGACUUAGCUGGACUGAGUUGGCACGGGAAAUGAAUUUCUCAGUGGAUGAGAUCAAUCACAUCCGCAAGGAGAACCCCAACUCCCUGACUGCCCAGAGUUUCAUGCUGUUGAAGCAGUGGGUGAGCAGAGAUGGAAAAAAUGCAACCACGGAUGCUCUGACUGCGGUGUUGACCAAAGUGAACCGGAUGGAUAUUGUGACUCUGCUGGAAGGGCCCAUAUUUGACUAUGGUAACAUUUCAGGCACCAGAAGUUUUGCAGAUGAUAGCGCUGUGGAGAAAUCAUAUGGUAAAGUUUAGAUCCCACCCCACACCCAUUCUUCAUUUAUUUUUUUUAAAACCUCCUUCCACAAGGCUCCUAGUACUGGCCAGAAAGGUGUGCCUCUCACUGUAAUUAUUGUGUGAUAUAGUUUUAAUUUAUUCAUUUUUUACACCAGCUUCUUGAAUUAAGAGCCUGUAACUCUUGUGAAAGAGAAUGGCUGAAUGAUUACUUAAUCAUUUUGAUAUAGCGAUUACUCAGACCUAAAUAAACCGGUGUUGAGUGUGUGCUCAAAUGCAGUUUUAUGCAAACAGUCUGCUGAACACAUUGGCCCUGACUUAAUAUAAAAGUACUUUUUAUACUGUAAGAAUUGCUUUUGUUGGUUGCUACACCCACACCACCUCCACUUUAUGCAUGGGUCUGGAUCCGAACAUACAUGUGAUGAUUGCACAGGAUGAAGCAGUCUCUGCAUGAUUCUGCACCUGAAUUGAUCCAUAAUAUGUUACUGAAAGAUUCAAAACUUACUAGAUUCCACUAUGAAUGAAGUUCCUUUGUUCACUCCACCAGUAUACACACUGUGCUAAACUCCAUAUCAAAUACUCCCAAAAGACAUCAACAACCCUGUGCAGUUCUUCUCCAUAUAAUGUCGAGAAAAUUCAUAAAAAUAGGGGAAAAAUAAUAAAAAUGCUUAAAAUAGCUUAGGAGCAAUUUGACAUACAAGUUGGCUUUAUUGGCUUUAGUAAGCAUAUAAUACCUACGCUGAAAGCCCAUCAUAAUCACGCUAUAAUCAAUAAUCACAUUAGUACGCAAGUAAUAACCAUGCUUAAAACAUAAGGCUUAAGAACAUAGAUGGUUUAUUUAACAUAAUAGAAAAACAUAAGUGAUUAUAGAGAGUGUCUUAGUCAAUAAUGACCCAUGGAGGCUCCUGAGAGACAGGGGAAAAGAAAAACUGAUUGGGCAAAUUGGCAAAGUGGGAGAAUAAUCAGUAGGAGAGCGAUAUCCAGGAGAAGGAGAAUGGGAUAGUGUGGUCUCAGGAGCCUGGAACACAUCAGCGUGAACUUCAUUAUAAGUAGAAUACAUCGGCGGGGUGACAGUUUGAGUGCCAACGUCACAUGUUACCAUAACUUGAGCGUUAGGCACAGUUUGUGUGGUUUUGUCAGAAGCUGGAGCCUGAUGCACAAUGCGGGGAGGCAGAAAUGAGGUCUCCAGAGACGCCGGAGAUAACAGGUGUUCGAAGAAGCGGGUGAGCUCAGCUGCGAGGGUCAACAGUUGAAAAUAACGGCGAUGGCGAAGAAUACACCUAGGGCCUCUUCCCGUGUGUCUACAAGACUGAGCUAAAGUAAAAACAGAAAAAAUAAAUCUAGAUGAGCAUUAAAAGAUUAGCAACAUGGAAGCAGCAAUACCUGGUAAAAGUUAAUUAAACUUAAAUAGCACUAUAGAGCACGCGAGCACGCACACGAGCACAUGCAGCUUAACUAAAAUGGUUAUAAGCAAAUAGUUGCUUGGUCGCACAAGAAGCAUUUUAAUGUUCUUUCAUAUAAACUCACAUAAUCCUAAUCUUAAUAAAAAGAGAAUGAAGCAAAAACUCACACAUGAUCGAUGCAGCAGAGUGAUUCCACGGGUAGUCCGAUCGAUCCAAGGGACAGAAAUAGAGUGAAGAGAGUUGAGGAAGUGCAGUAUUUUUCAAUUUUAAACUAGGCCAGGUUGGAAAUUUGGAAAUGAAGGUAAUUGGGAAGAUAACAGAAUAAACCCAAUAUGGAGUCUCAGGCAAAUGGGACGGUCGAGCAGUUGGGAAAUAAGGGGAAUUCGAAAUAAACGGACAAUGGGACAAAAAGGUCAGGUAGGAGAUUCCAGGAGGAGAUUCCAGGAAAAGUCAGUAGAUAAUGGGAAAUGGUGAAAUAUAUGUAAAUUAGGGCAGGAGGAGUCAAAAUGGUCUAAACUGAAAAUAAUGGGAAAUUGCUGACAUAUGUAAGUUAAAAGAAGGAGGCAUCAGAAGGGUAUAUAUAGAGGGGAUUUUGAGAUGUUCGGGGCACUCAGCUCUCCUGUGUGAGAUUGUUGUGUCACCGUUGUGGCAGUUCACCUUCUUUGAGCUCAUUGAAAUGUGUAGUGUAUAUACUGCAAUAAAGAAGUUUGCUUCUUCUCAUCCAAGGACAGAAUAUUCUUCUUUUUUGAGUGAGUAGAAUAAGUGAAAUAUAGGUAAUUGGCAGAAAGUGGAAUCCACCCACGAGAGUGUCCACUCAGAGAGGGACUCUGAGUUCCUACAGAGUCUUCCAUGUUUUCUCUGUUAUGUUCCGUAUCCUGUUGCCUGAACAUUGGUGACCAAGGGUCGAGAACUGGGUGCAUAGAAAUGGCAUGAUGGUCAGAUUCACUCUCGUUACAUUUCAUUGUUAUUUUACAGUCUUUUGAUAUAUGAAAAGAUGUAGCACAACAUCUGAAACAAAUUCUAUUCUCCUUGAGGCAAGUUUUAUGUUAUGCUGUUGGCAUGGUUCUGAAACCUCUGUAUUUAGCUAGGGGGUGGGGUUUCUUGUGAAUGGGGCAGUGUUUAUUGAGAUCUUCUGUUUUUGUUGGUUUGCUUGUGUUUAUGUCCGAUGUUGUGAUGUCUGUUUUGUGCACCGAUUAUGGCAGUUUUAGAACUCGAAAACCUGUCUAGCUUUCCAAACAGAGCACUUUCUAUAACCUUUUGGGCCACGUAACACUCUGCCAGUCUGCUCCAGACCAUGUUAAUAGUUGCACCUGGAUCAUUUACAUGAGCGGCCCAGAUUCUUUAGACUUGUUUAGGUGACUUUCUGCCUAGCCUAGCCAUUUUGUUAACAAAUCUAGCUGCUCACUAGCUGUCAUAUCUAAGCCCUGAGUAGCAUUAAUGAAGAACGUCCCUAGGUUACGUCUGUAACCAUGGUUCCCCGAGGGAACAAGGCGGUGCGUCGACAACGCUUUGGGAACGCCUCUGCGUGACCACGCUCUGAAUCACAUUUGUAAUCCGUCCAACAGAAUCGUGUGACGUCACCGGCGGGAUGAUGUAGCGACCUGGAAGUAUAACAGCACAUACGAUGGAGCUGGCGCCGAGACGCAGCGUCUCGUUCCCUCGGGGAACCAUGGUUACAGACGUAACCUAGGGACGUUCCCCUUCAGCAACUCAAGCUGUGUUGACAACGCUUUGGGAACGAGUAUCCAGUGCCACCAGACUGACAAAUCCCUGCCUAGUGUAGAAGGGCACAACUAGGUCGAGAGAACUGAGGAGCCGGGAGUGGCAUCGAGGUCAAGGCUGUAAGACGUGAUGAAAGCCAGAGGGGUGGACCAUCCUGCAGCUUUGCAAAUAGCCUGGAGAGAAACACCAGAGGAUAAGGCCUUGGAGGCCGCCAUACUUUGGGUAGAAUGAGCCUUGACCCCCAAUGGAGAGGGGAGAUCAGAGGACUCGUAAGAAGUAGUGAUAGCACCCACUAUCCACCUGCUGAGGGUCUGCUUGUUCGUAGGAAGACCCUUCUUAUAAGGACUGUAGCAGACAAAUAGCUGGUUUGACUUCCUACACAGGGCAGCUCUGUGGAUGUAUGCCACACAAUUAAGCUUUCUCAGGUCAUGGAGGUGGACCGAAAGGGAGGUGGACAGAAUGCCUGAAGCACGACUGGCCGUGGAACCACAGAGGGCACCUUAGGAACAUACCCCGGUCUGGGGUAAAGAAAGGCUCUGGCCAUGCCAGGGGCAAACUCUAGAAAAGAGGGGACCAUAGAAAGAGCCUGAAGGUCACCGACUCUCUUCAAGGAAGAGAUGGCUAAUAGAAAUACAGUUUUGACUGUAAGAAAACCGCUCCUGCAGAAAUUCCAGCACUGAACCAACCGGGCAGUUAACUCGUUCUAACCAACAGUUUUUACACCAUGACGCGAACAGAUGCCACUUAGCAGCAUACGAUUUCCUCGUGGAGGAGCUCUGGAUUGGAGUAUGGUCUCCACAACCUAGGUUGAGAGACCAGAGGCUAUGAGCUGUGCCCCCUCAGGGGCCACAGCCACCAUAACUCUGGACGAGGGUGAAAUAGGGUACGCCCCGCCUGAGAGAGAAGAUCCCAUCUGACGGGAAUCUCCCAAGGAGAGUCUUCGAGAAGGGCUACCAGGUUCGCAAACCAUGGCCGGCCCGGCGAGUAAGAGGCUACUAAUAGAAGACGUACUCCAUCUCAGCGGACCCUCUCCAGAACUCCUGGGAGCAGAGCGAUCAGGGGGAAAGCAUACAGGUGCAGCCUCGGCCAUGUCUGUACCAUAGCGUCCAGUCCAAGAGGAGCUGGGUGAGUGAGGGAAAACCAGAGGGGACAGUGCGAAGUCUCCUGAGUCGCAAACAAAUCCACUUGUGCUCUGUAAAACAUCCUCCAUAUCUGCUCCACCAACUCUGGGUGGAGCCUCCAUUCCCCGGGCCUCAGCCCCUGCCUCGACAGGAUGUCUGCCCCCUGAUUGAGAUGCCCCGGGAUGUAUACUGCCCUCAGUGAGAGCAGCUUCCCUUGGGCCCACAGAAGGAUCCAGCAGCGCAGACCACCCUGCCAGUUCAGGUAGGAGACCACUGAAGUGUUGUCCGUGCAGACCAACACAUGAUGGCCCCUCAGGUCUGGGAGAAAAUGUUUCACUGCUCGAAACAUGGCCAGCAUCUCCAGGCAGUUUAUGUGCCACUUGAGAUGGGGCCCUUCCCACAGACCUUGGGCAGAGCGGCCACUCAUGACCGCCCCCCGGCCCGUAAGGGAGGCAUCCGUCGUUAGCGUUACGCGACAACAAGGAGCCCCCAACAGGGGGCCUUUUAACAGGAACCAUGGUUUCUUCCACAUGUCUAAGGCCCGUAAGCCUCGCAGCGUGACCUUGAUCAUGCGAAACAGGUUGCCCCUUGGGGAAAACCCUUUGGUCCUGAGCCACCACUGCAAGGGCCUCAUGUACAGCAGGCCAAAAGGUAUAAUGUUGGACGCAGCUGCCAUCAGACCCAACAGUCUCUGAAACUGUAUAGCAGUGAGUGACUAGCCUUCUCUCACUCUCUUGACCGCCGUGAGAAUUGACUCAAUCCGAGUAGGAGACAGACAUGCCUGCAUCGUUUAGUCUUAACCCCAAUUCUCUCAUAUGGGUGAGAAUGACAUCUCGAUGUUGAACCACCAACUGCUCUGAUGGAGCUAAAAUCAACCAAUUGUCAAUGUAAUUGAGUAUGUAGAUGCCCAAGAGAUGCAAUGGAGCCAGAGCAGUAUCCACA